AUGGAUAUAAAUAUAUCUUUAUUGCUGGCUAUCUAUAAUUUACCAUCAAUUUCAAGUCUGUCUAGAAAUUCAUUCAUUCAUUCAUCUAUCUAUCUAUCUAUUUUUUAUCUAUUUUUUAAAAAAAAAUUUUUUUUAUCUAACAUGAUUAAUGCAAUUAUUUUUCGUUGUCCAAUCAAUUGUUUCAUUUUUCUUGUUCCCAAUUAUUUUAUCUGUUUCCAUUCUUUUCUUUUUCAUUCAAUCUUUCCUACGUUUUUUCUUUCACCGUUUGACUUUUUCAUUCAAUCUUUAUUUGCUUUUUUCGUUCUUCUCAUUCUAAAAUAUUUCAUCUUUCUUCAUUCUUUUCUCUUUCAUUCAAUCUUUUCUACCUUCUUUCACCGUUUGCCUUUUUCUUAUUCGUUCAAUCUUUUUUUUGCAUUUUUCGCUUUUUUAUUUUCUCCUUUCCAAUGCUUUUUUUUUCUGCCAUUCAACUAUUUAUUUGAUUCAUUCGUUUAUUUUCCAUGUUAUUUUUCUUUCUUUCCUUCCUUAUUUCGUUUUUUUUGUCAUUUUUUUUCUUUUAUGCUUUCUUUCGUUCCAUUUUUUGCUCUUUCACUUGUUUGUUAUUUUAUUUUGUUCUUUUUCUUUCAUUCUUUUUCAUGCUUUUCUUUCAUUGUCUCGUUCUUUCUUUUAUUAAAUGUAAGAUAUCAUUCAUUUUUUUCUUCAGUUCCUCAUUCUUUGUAUCAUUUAUUUAUUUAUUUGAUGUCUUAUUCUUUCUUUUUUCGUUCGUUCAUUAGAUAUUUUUCUUUGAUUUAUUUUUCAUACAUGUUUCUCAUUUAUUUUCUCACUCGUUCCUUUUUCUUAUUCUAUCUUCCGUUAUAUUUUCUAUCUAUGUCAGUCGAUCUAUCUAUCUAUCUAUCUAUCUAUCUAUCUAUCUAUCUAUCUAUCUAUCUAUCUAUCUAUCUAUGUCAUUCUGUUCAUUAUCUAUCUAUCUAUCUAUCUAUCUAUCUAUCUAUCUAUCUAUCUAUCUAUAAUACAUUAAUCUUCAUGAAGAAUCAGACCAGAGAUGUACAUGGUCUAUUCGGUACCAAUCUAUCUUAA